CCAAGAGGUGUUGGUCUCUACAAUAUUUAAAUCCUGGGUGGCUAUAAUGUGCGCCCGAACUUACCCGUCGUAAAUUCACAGGUCCGAUUGAAGCGGUCGUCGCGACCGUGGUUCCGAUUAAACAGUGCAUUGUGAAUAAAUUGAACUGUUCCGAUGUACAAAUUCUCGCCAGCACUUUUAAAACAGCUAUGGCUAACGUUGGGCGCGUCUCUGGGCUUCCUGAUCAUUGGACUGGUGCGGGGUUUCUCCGCCUCUGCGCUGCCAUCCAUUGCGAAACUCGACCCGCAUCUCAUUGAGACUAGUGAACAGAAGUCAUGGAUUGGUGCCAUCCCGCCGCUAGGAGCUUUCAUGGGUAGUAUGAUAUCGGGCCCAUUAAUGCAGAAGGCAGGCCGAAGGCGCACGCUGAUGCUAACGGCGCCGUUGUGGGCAGCCGCUUGGUUGAUCCUCGGUUUUGCCAAGAUAUUCCCAGUCGUGCUUCUUGGCCGUAUCAUGUCGGGGCUCUGCGUUGGGUUCAUUCUGGCUCCUGUACAAGUCUAUGUUAGUGAAUGCUGCGACCCAGAGAUCCGCGGCCGCUUGGGUUCCCUUCCUACGCUAGCUAUGUCGUUGGGCAUCGUACUCUCCUACGUCGCAGGCAAUUGGCUGAUGUGGCGAUAUCUCGCUUUCUUCUCUGCUAUUUUCUGCGCGGCGCUUUUUCUGACGAUGCUGCCGCUUCCGGAGUCACCUGUGUGGCUAGAGGCACAAGGCGUUGACGCCUCGAACUCGAUUAAGUGGCUGCACCUUUCGGCGCGUGCUACUGCUACAGUCAAGGACGAUGACAAUGAGAUGAAUGAAAAGCAGGAGGUGCGUCCAAGCCUAUUCACACGGAAGGUAUUAUUCUCGUCGGCGGUGCGCAAGCCAUUGGUGGUGGGCUUCGCGCUGCUCUUUUUCCAGCAGUUCAGCGGUAUCGAUGCCAUAAUUUUUUUCACCGUUGAGAUAUUCCAGAAAGCAGGGAGUUCCUUAGAUGCUAUGACUGCAACCAUAGUCGUCGGUGUUGUACAGCUGUUGUGCAAUGGUGUCAGCACCAUGCUGGUGGACGCUGCAGGAAGAAGGCCUUUGCUACUGCUUUCUGCAGUGGUAAUGUGCAUCUCGAUGGCAUCCAUGGGCUGCGCAUUUUAUUUUGAAUUUGAACAGGACUCCUGGCUCGGGUACCUGCCCAUAGUGAGUCUGGUGGUAUUCAUGAUGGGGUUCUCAAUCGGCUUCGGCGGGUUGCCCUUCUUACUGCUCGGCGAACUGUUCCCCGCCUACUACCGUUCACAGCUCUCGGCGAUGGCUAGCGGGGUCAAUUUGAUCUCUAUGUUUGCUGUUAUAAAAUCUUACCAUGCUCUAGAUGCAGUAUUGACUUCAGCAGGGACUUUCUGGAUGUACUCAUGUUUCUGCGCGUUGGCGUUUUUCUUCGUCCUAUUCAUGGUGCCGGAGACCAAAGGAAAAUCAUUAGCUGAAAUCGAAGAACACUUCCGAGGGAAGAAAAAAUCAGAAAAGAAAGCAGAAACUAUUCGAAUAUCGACCAUUGCGUAGAGAAUAUAGAGAUUCGAAGGAAAUAUGAUAGAAAUUGGAACGGCAUUCCAAGUUUUAAGGCCAUGUUAGUGUUCCGUCGUUUUUCGUAUCACUUCGGUGUUAGUCUAUUCGUCCGUGUAUCUUUCCCAAUUGAUUUUGUCCCAAAACUAUUUGACACAGAAAGUUGCAUUGGGGACACAGAAAUUCGUGGUCCAAACAAUAGUGGUUAUUUUGGUUAGUUUUGGGAAAUUGUGAGCGAACAAUGAUUUUUAGUAUGAAAUAAAAACUUCAAAGCACGCGUUUUGAGCGUAACGAACGACCUAAGUAAAAACUUUUUAAAAAACACUCUGUAUGUUGGCUUGUUUUAGUUCCUCGAUAAAAAAUAUAGUUACUAUUUGUCGGCUUUGUAAAAAUGUGUGUGAUUUGGCAUUAUCAAUAAAAUACGACACCUUUACAGUAUGGGGUGAAAUGAAAUGAUCCCUUCAUGAAACUGAGUCAGUUAGUACUAAAAAAAAUUUUGUCCAAUUUUAUUCAUUUUCGCUUCGCAUCGCUUGACCAUAAAAUUGACUGUACCAAAAUUGUUUUACCAAAAAAAAAUACUUAAUGGUUUCUAAGACAGUUUCCUUGUAUUUUUUAUGGUUUCGAAUUUCCCCUUACUGCCUCUUUAAAAAAACACUGUAUACCCGAGGUGGCUGGCCGACGGUUUAAAUUGGUUUUUAGUCUAGAUGUGAAAAUUUUACUUUUCACUUCGAUUGCGAGAAAAAGAAAUAUUUCAAUCGUUUUCGAUCUACAACAAAAUUACGAACCAAAAUUCUGAAGAUUUUGCGGUAUUUUUUUCCAACCAGACGCAGACAUACAUCAAACGCACUAGCACGGGAAAAUAAUAUGUCACUACCGUCUAUGCGGAAAAGGCACGGAACUAAAACCGAGCGUACUACUGGCUGUUUGAGUUUGUUCACUCGAAGUAAACUAAAAAAUUAGGUACCUACUUUUCACUCUGGAUUAGACGAUGCACUAUUACACCAGUUACCAAAGUUCUAUAUUUUUUUUUUUUAAACCUCUAUCAUAUUUAUUCUUUGAAAUCGUACGGAUUUUUUGACCAAAACAAUACUUAACGGAAUUUGAUUACUUAGUCAGGAUUUAAACUUAUUUUGUUGAAUAAUAUAUCUUUGUAGAACUGUGAUAUUUUU